AUGCCUCGCUUUACGGGUCACUACCCACCCUCGUCAACUUCAGCAUCAUCACGUGGGGAUUCGCUCUGGUCCCGCGAUUCCCAUACAGCAUCUUCCACCUCCACUGCUCCGAUAUCAUUGUCAGAAUCCACAGAGAAACGUAGUGUAUCUUUUAAAGAACCUUCCAAAUAUUAUAGAUAUCAUGAAGAGUCUGAAGAUGACACCGAAGACCCUUCAGCCGACCGCGAAAACGAACUUAGAAACCGUCGAGAAAGAAUAGCAGCUCGUUACUUUCGUGAAUUCUAUUCAGUGUCUCCAGGAGGUGGCUCUACUCUUCCGCCUCAUAGCCGCAUACCAAUUUCCAAGACAGAGAGUAAUUCGUGGACUCCCAAUUCAACACAAGACUCAACCAUUUACCUUGAGUUCGAAUGUAGCGAAGAUAUCGAGAUUUACUUGGAGGAGCUUUCUCGUUUAAGAAGACUCGGAAGGUUUUAUGAUGCCAAGCAAUAUUUCAAAUCUUGCUCUGUCUAUUGUGGCGAUCAUCCAGAUUUCAUCAUUGACUAUGUUGAGACCUUGUUGUCGCAAGGCGCAUGUAAGGAUGUUCUCGAGCUUCUCGCAUGUGAGAAUCCUCCAAUCUUGACCGAAGAUUGUGGUCAAAUCUACCAUCACUACCUACAUUCCGCAUUUUGUGUAGCAAAAGCUGUUACUUUGGGGUGGACAGAAGAUGCAGUUCUGCAAUGGGGACAAGCAAAAUCGGAGCUGAUUUCGGAAUUACGUCGAGACUUUACCAACUUGAGUUCAAUUCAGAUUCGAUUUCUCUGUCAUUUGAUGUAUCUAGAAACGCCACAUGUUGUAUCGAUGAGUUCAUCGUAUCCGAAUACUAUGGUUGGGUCCAUCUCUGAAUUCGAGUGGUGCGAAUUAUAUUCGCAUCUUCUAUCGAAAAACAGAGUUUGGGAUAUGGGAGAUAUUUUUUAUCAUUUACUAGGUUCAUCGACUGUGAAGCAAGUGGUAGGGAUGUUUUUUGACACAAGGAUGAGUCUAGACCGUUCUAUCAAUACAUUCGUCACGCAGUGGACCCAAGAGCAGGAUGAAUCCACAGAUCUUGCUAUUCUUGACGUAUUAGUCACAGUGUGGCUUCGGGGAAUUCCAGACGAAGGGCCCCUCGACAAAGCAGAUCAACAAUGGAUUGAUAUAUGCAUGCUCCAUACCCGAAAGAUUGCAACUUCAAUUAGGGAGAACUAUCCUGCAAGCAUUAAAUCUAGCCCUUACUUGCGUUGGAUUCUAGCUGAAGUGAGAUGGGCCGAUGUAUCCAGAGAAAGCCAAGAAUCAUCACGCUGGUCGUAUCUUGACAGUUCUCCUGGGCUAUUAUGUUUCGAUGGUCGUCUCCCUGUUUACGUACCCUUUGCAUCAGAAAAUCCAGGUUGGAGAAUUCCACCUCACUCAGAGCGCUCUAUUGAGCUAUUGACGCUCGGACUGAGUACUGCACGAGACCUUGGUAAUUAUUAUUUGGAAGUCCUCUACCUGGAAGAGCUUGUGUGUAGGUCAAGCGUUCCACGAAAUCAUCUUGCUGAUUUGGAAAACCUGCAAAAGAACGUAAUAGGGAAUAAUUGCGGUUAUCUCAGUGCAUGUUUGACUCAAUAUCUGUUAGGAGCAGAUCCAGAUUCACAGAAAGAUCUGAGCAAUCGAUUAUGUGAGAUCGAUAGACAAGACGAUUCUGCAAGUAGAGAAGAGAACCCAAUUUUGAAAUGGGCCCAGAGACAGAUUCAACAUGCACUAUCUCAUUCUCUGGGUAGCUCUCAAGAACAGCAAGAUCUUUACUCGUGGAUGGAAAGGUCGGCAUAUCAUCAAAUUCCUGAGCAUUACCGCGACCGAAUUCGGCGAUCUCAUUCAGCUUCACAUGAUCGCAAUUACUAUGGAGGAAAAAACAAGAUCGCGAAAUACGUCGCAAAAGGUAAAAUUCCACUACCAUACCAUUCCGAGAGUGCAGAGCCUAGGGCGAGCUUGGAUCGACGACGGACAAGCCCGUCACCUCUGACGCGACCAGAUGCAGGAGUGAAAGGAAGCACUAGUUCUUCCACUCUACGUUCGCAUGAGCUACCUAUUGGGGGAGAAAACAGGCAUCCUGCAUACAUGACUACUACUCUUAAACGCGCGCAAAACUUCAGUGAUGAUCGGGGCAUUAUGGAUCUCUCUGGGCGUUUCCGUGUGAGAACCCCGGAAACUAUCGACAGCUCUAUUUUGAAUAAUCAUAAUGAUUCAGAAAGAAAGUAUCAGAAGUCUUCACUAUCACAUGGGCAAAAUGCGGUUUCUUCGGAACAAGCAAGAGAAAUGUCUCCUCGAAUAGAAAUGGACAACAGAGCCGGAAUUCGAAGUGUUGAAUCAGAGAGUAGGAGUGACUUGUCAACCAGAGCUGAUAAAGGUAAGGGGGUCGACGAGCAUGAUGAUACACCUGGUGAACUUUCAAAAGUACCAGAAGUACACCAUAAUAGCUUACAGGCAGAUCGUGCUGAGCGCCCGAAACCUCAUUACUUUGAAGAAGAAGAAGAACCUAAGAAAGACUUUGAGCGUGAACAUGCGAGUGGCUACAGUUCGGACGAGUCUGCGUAA